GCAGCCAUGAAGAUUCUGGUUUUAGCUCUUUUUGUUGUUGGUGCCUACGGGUGUGGGGAGCCUACUUUCCCCCCCAUCCUAUCCAGGGUGGUUGGUGGAGAAGAUGCUAGACCCCAUAGUUGGCCUUGGCAGAUCUCUCUGCAGUACUUGGGCAGCACAGGUGCCUAUCACCACACCUGUGGCGGGACCCUGAUCGACAGUCAGUGGGUCCUCACAGCAGCUCACUGUAUCAGCAACAAGAAUACCUACAGAGUGUACCUGGGAAAGGAGAACCUGCAAGUCACCAACGAGGCGGGCUCCGUGGCCAUCGCUCCUUCUAAGAUCAUUGUGCACGAGAAGUGGGACCCUAUGAUGAUUCGUAACGAUAUCGCUCUAAUCAAGCUGCAGAAGGCAGUUGCCCUCACAAACACCAUUCAGCCCGCCUGCCUCCCAGCCUCCGGAUACAUACUGCCCAACCAGGCGCCCUGUUACGUGACUGGCUGGGGUCGCCUCUGGACCAAUGGCCCCAUCGCUGACGUCCUUCAGCAAGCCCUGCUGCCCGUCGUUGACUUUGCCACUUGCUCCAAGCCCGAUUGGUGGGGCAACCUGGUCACGCAGAACAUGGUCUGUGCUGGUGGGAACGGAGUGGAGUCCAGCUGCAACGGUGAUUCCGGUGGACCCUUGAACUGCCAGAACUCCAAUGGCGAGUGGGACGUACAAGGCAUUGUCAGCUUUGGCUCCAGCCUGGGAUGCAACUACCCUAAGAAGCCCUCGGUCUUCACCCGCGUCAGUGCCUACGUCAGCUGGAUCAACAACGUGAUGACCACAAACUAAAGAAUGGAACUUCUCAUGCCAAAAAGUGCUGUGACGCAUUCAGUAAUAGCUGAAGCAUUGAGUAAUAACACUGCAAUAAAAUAAUUUAAAAUUCCUAAGUUA